GUCUAUUUAAAGACAAUUCAUGUCGUCCCGGAACAUGCUGCGGCGGCGUGGCAGCUUUGUCGAGGACGAAGACAACGAGCCCAAGAAGACGCUGGCGCAGAAGGAGAUCAUCUCCGCGCAGAUGAUUGGCGUCAUCCAGACGCGCCUCGACUCGCUGCGCACUGUCGCGGACGACCGCGCGUAUGGCCUCGAGUGCGACUUGAAGGCCAACAUUGACCACUCGUCGCGGCUCGUUGCCCAGCUGCCCGAUCCCUAUACGAUCCGCAGCGCUGCCACGUCACGUUCCAAGACGCCCACGACAGCCAUGAACGUGCGCACGCAGAUGCUCAUGGAGCGACUCUUUGGUCCGGACGACAAGUCCCGCGCCCGCAACAAGACAAUCAAGAAAUCCAAAGCCGAGCUCCUCAAGACCGAGACGCGGCGCAACAAGCGCGCGAACCUGGAGAAGCAACUGCAGACCAACAUUGAGCGGCAUGUGACGCGCACCGUCGACAGCGUCUUGUCCUCGGACGCGCGCGGCCAAGACUCGAUCGAGCUCAACGCGCGGCUACUGAUAUCGCACACGAUCGAACGCAUGCGCAUCGUGCAGGGCAAGAAGACGUUCAAGAAGUUUGCGCUCUCGGACCUCUCGUGCAAGCAAUUCGAGCACCUCUUUUGGCACGUAUUUUACACCAUUUUUCGCAAGAAACCAACGCCGACCGACACGUCGUACGACGAGGACAUUAUGGCGGCCAUUUGCGGCCAGUACGUCAAGACGCUCUCGUUCCUGCGGUCGAACAAGGACCUCAUCUUCCGGAUCUACCCGUACGCGAUUGCGAGUGCGGUUUGCAGUGGGUUCCACUACCUCUUUCCGGGCUCGCGGCACCUCUACACCAACGACUUUAAGAGUCAAGUGUUUGUGCUCAUUUGCGAGCUUCUCUUGGGUCUCAAGCUGUGCCCGAUCUCGGUGCAUACGAUGCGCAAGCAGUAUUUUCCCGAAGACCUCCUCGACGACUUGCACGCGCCCGCAGUAGCGACGCAUGCGCAGACUGCGACCAACAGCCAGCCGGAUCUCCUCUCGGCGUUUGGCCUUUCGAGUGCGCCGACGCGCGAGACGGGCGAGCCGGCGCCGUUCCCUCGCUCCAAGAGCGAGUUUACCUUGCUUCUCGAGAAGAUCCCACCGCCGUCGUCCGGCCCGCGCCUCCACCAGCUGCGCAGUCACUUCGACGCGUCGCAAGUGAGCCCGCUCAUGAAAGAGUACCUUGCCAACGACAAGGACGGCGUCAAGAUGCCGUGCCUACUUCGACGCACGACACCCGUGCCCAAGUGCAUAGUAGGUGGCGAAGACACGUUCAAGCGCAUGUACAACCGCAAAAUGGCGCCCGCCGAGUACGCGCACGAGUCGGCCGUGCGUUACAGCGAGUACCGCGCCGACGUGCUGCACUACCAGCGCGACGCACGUCAUGCGCUCAAGCUCAUCAACGAGACCAAAGACAUUGUUCUCAAUGGCGGCAAGGCCGCCAUCAAGGCGUACAAGACCAUCUUGCAAAGCCAAGCCAACGGGUUCUCGGCGUCUCUCGGGAGCCUCGAUGCGAUUAAAGGCUUCGACCCGCCGGUAUCCCCCGAGCGCCUCUCCUAACCUAGUCGCGUCUUCCUAGCCUAAUCGCAUCUCCUAAACGAAUCGAUAGAGUCCACGUGGGCAUCGACUCGGCUGUG